AUGCUUCUUCAAAAAUUGAUCAAGUGUAUUAGAAUAAACAUAGUUUUUAGUGACAAAUGGUACUUUAUGUGAUGGUGAUUACCUGGGAUCAAAAAUCAUAUCAAAAGACUUUUACAAAAAAGAAGGUUAAUAUAAAAUUUUAUGGCUUUUUUAUUUUUGA